AUGAGCGUGCCUGACUACAUGCAGUGCGCCGAGGACCACCAGACGCUGCUGGUGGUGGUGCAGCCGGUGGGCGUGGUGUCGGAGGAGAACUUCUUCCGCAUCUACCGGCGCGUGAGCGCCGUCAGCCAGCUCAGCCUGCGCGACUCGCAGCGCGCGCUCUUCAUCCGCUACCGCCACCACUACCCGCCCGAGAACAACGAGUGGGGCGACUUCCAGACGCACCGCAAGGUGGUGGGGCUCAUCACCGUCACCGACUGCGCCUCGGCGCGCGACUGGCCGCCCGCGCUGGAGCGCUUCCAGGUGCAGAAGGAGCUCUACGGGGCCACGCUCUACGACUCCCGCCUCUUCGUCUUCGGCCUGCGGGGCGACGUGGCCGAGCAGCCGCGCCCCGACGUGGCCUUCUACCCCAGCUACGACGACUGCGCCUCGGUGGAGAAGCGCAUCGAGGACUUCAUCGAGUCGCUCUUCAUCGUGCUCGAGUCCAAGCGCCUGGACAGGGCCACCGACAAGUCCGGGGACAAGAUCCCCCUCCUCUGUGUCCCCUUCGAGAAGAAGGACUUCGUGGGCCUUGACACAGAUAGCAGACAUUAUAAGAAGCGGUGCCAGGGGCGCAUGCGCAAGCAUGUGGGGGACUUGUGUCUUCAGGCCGGAAUGCUGCAGGACUCCCUGGUGCAUUACCACAUGGCCGUGGAACUUCUCCGCUCCGUGAAUGACUUUCUGUGGCUUGGGGCUGCCUUGGAAGGGCUGUGUUCUGCUUCUGUCAUCUACCACUACCCCGGGGGCACUGGCGGGAAGACGGGGGCUCUGAGGCUCCCUGGAAGCUCACUUCCUUCAGAAGCAGCCAACAGACACCGGCCAGGAGCGCAAGAAGUCCUCAUUGAUCCAGGUGCCCUCACGACUAAUGGCAUAAACCCUGACACCAGUGCUGAGAUCGGCCGUGCCAAGAACUGCCUCAGCCCAGAAGACAUAAUCGACAAGUACAAAGAAGCCAUUUCCUAUUAUAGCAAGUAUAAGAACGCUGGAGUCAUCGAGUUGGAGGCCUGUGUCAAGGCCGUGCGUGUCCUGGCAAUUCAGAAGCGCAGCAUGGAAGCUUCGGAGUUUCUGCAGAACGCAGUGUACAUCAACCUCCGGCAGCUCUCGGAAGAAGAAAAAAUCCAGCGCUACAGCAUCCUCUCAGAGCUCUAUGAGCUCAUCGGCUUCCACCGCAAGUCCGCCUUCUUCAAGCGUGUGGCCGCCAUGCAGUGUGUGGCCCCCAGCAUCGCGGAGCCCGGCUGGAGGGCCUGCUACAAACUUCUCCUGGAGACGCUACCUGGCUACAGUCUGUCACUGGACCCAAAGGACUUCAACAAAGGAACACACAGAGGCUGGGCCGCCGUCCAGAUGCGAUUGCUUCACGAGCUGGUCUACGCCUCCCGGAGGAUGGGGGACCCUGCCCUGGCUGUGCGACACCUGUCCUUUCUUCUGCAGACCAUGCUGGACUUCCUGUCAGAUCAGGAAAAGAAAGAUGUGACGCAAAGCCUAGAGAACUACACGCCCAAGUGCCCCGGGACGAUGGAGCUCAUCACUCUCUCGGAUGGCUUCGUGCUGCCCCCGGUGCCCUUCACCAAGCUGCCCAUCGUCAGGCAUGUGAAGCUGCUGAGCCUGCCUGCCAGCCUCCGGCCACAGAAAAUGAAGAGCUUGCUCGGUCAGAACGUGUCCACCAAGAGUCCCUUCAUCUAUUCACCAAUCAUCGCCCACAAUCGUGGAGAGGAGCGUGACAAGAAAAUAGAUUUCCAGUGGGUGCAAGGAGAUGUGUGUGAAGUUCAGCUGAUGGUGUACAACCCGAUGCCGUUUGAGCUCCGUGUGGAGAACAUGGGCCUUCUCACCAGUGGAGUGGAGUUUGAGUCUCUCCCUGCAGCUCUUUCUCUCCCGGCAGAAUCUGGUCUAUACCCUGUGACCCUCGUCGGGGUUCCUCAGACGACUGGAACCAUUACGGUGAAUGGGUACCAUACCACAGUCUUCGGUGUCUUCAGUGACUGUCUGCUGGAUAACCUUCCAGGGGUCAGAACCAGUGGCUCCUCUGUGGAGGUCAUCCCGGCUUUGCCAAGACUACAGAUCAGCACGUCUCUGCCUAGAUCUGCACACUCACUGCAACCAUCUUCUGGUGAUGAAAUAUCUACUAAUGUGUCGGUCCAGCUUUAUAAUGGAGAGACCCAGCAACUUGUCAUUACCUUGGAAAAUAUUGGGAUGGAGCCAUUGGAGAAACUGGAAGUUACCUCAAAAAUUCUCCCCACCAAGGAAAAGUUGUGCGGAGACUUCUUGAGCUGGAAGCUGGAAGAAACGCUGUCCCAGUUCCCUCUGCAGCCUGGGAAGGUGGCUACCUUCGCCAUUAGCAUCAAAGCCAGAUUGGACUUCUCCUGCCAGGAGAACCUCCUCCAGGAUCUCAGUGAUGAUGGAAUCAGCGUGAGCGGCUUUCCCCUGUCCAGUCCUUUCCGUCAGGUCAUCCGGCCCAGAGUGGAGAGCAGACCUGGGAACCCUGCUGAGGGCAGCAAGGCGGGAGACCUCAGCCCCCUAAAGACUCUGGAAGCUGUACUGAAUUUCAAGUACUCUGGAGGACCAGGCCACGUCGAAGGGUAUUACAGGAACCUCUCCCUGGGUCUGCACGUGGAAGUUGAGCCAUCUGUGUUUUUCACACGAGUCAGCACACUCCCUGCAACCAGUACCCGGAAGUGCCACCUGCUACUGGACGUCCUCAACUCCACGGACCAUGAGUUGACAGUCAGUGCCAGAAACAGUGAAGAGCUUGUUCUGCAUGCCAGCGAGUGCCAGCGAAUGGCUAUUCAAGUGGAUAAGUUCAACUUUGAGAGUGUCGCUGAAUCCCCUGGAGAGAAAGGACAUUUUGCAAAUCCAAAGCAGCUGGAAGAGGAGAGGCAGGAAGCCCGCAGCCUGGAGAUCAAUAGCAAACUGGACAUUCGCUGGAGAAUCCCGUCCCUGAAGCGUGGCGGCGAGGCAAGCGUGGAGGGCCUCCUGAACCAGCUGGUCGUGGAGCACCUGCAGCUGGCCCCUCUGCAGUGGGACGUGCUGGUCGGAGGGCAGCCGUGUGGCUGCGAGGUGGCGGCGGCCUGUCCCGUGGGCGACCCUGUGAGCCUGGAGGUGCGGCUCACCAACAGGAGCCCACGCAGCGUGGGGCCCUUCGCCCUCACCGUGGUCCCCUUCCAGGACCACCAGAACGGCGUGCACAACUACGACCUACAGGACCUCAUCUCCUUCGUGGGUUCCAGCACCUUCUAUCUGGAUGCGGUGCAGCCCUCGGGCCAGUCAGCCUGCCUCGGGGCCCUCCUCUUCCUCUACGCAGGCGACUUCUUCCUCCAUAUCCGGUUCCACGAGGACAGCAAAAGCAAGGAGCUCCCACCGUCCUGGUCCUGCCUGCCCAGCGUGCACGUGCGCGCCCUGGAGUCCCAGGCCUGACUCCACGGAGCCCCUGACCCCGCGGGGGAAGAACGCUGCUGACCCCUCCGCCCAUGCUGGGAGAGGUCCCGUGGCUGCGCCCUCCUGCUGCACCCCGCCUCUCCUCGCUCCCAGCAUGUCUGCUGGGCCACACAGGAGCCCACGGGGCCCUCACCCCUACCCCUGGCCCCCCGCCCCCCACCCCAGCCCGCUGCAGCUGACCAGCACACCAGAUGCGGUCUCUUGAGUCCCACUGGCUGCGUUCAGCCCCUCGAGGGUCUUCGCUGCUCUGCUUCCUCCUUCAGCUGCAGGAAGAAAUGGCAAGGCAGCCAAAGUGGGUGCUGCCUGGGAGGCCUAGCCCUCCACCCUUGGCCCACAAGGAGCCCCAAACUGGCUCAUUUCCAGAGGACAUGGGUGGGGAGCCCAGGUAGGGGCUGGGAGGUUGUGGGUGCCUGGCUGGGUUCCGAAUGCCGGGCCUGUGUGUCUACGUUGCCGAGUUCUUCAAUAAAGCACCUGCCUUGCCCUUC